AUGGAUGGUGGGAUUGAGUGCACCCUCAACAAGUUUGCUGAUCACACCAAGUUGUGUGGUGUGGACACCAUGCUGGAGGGAGGGGCUGCCAACCAGAGGGACCUUGGACAGCUUAAAUAUUUUUCUUUUUUCCAGGCUCACAUAAAAUUUCCUAUUGACUAUCCAUAUUCACCACCUACCUUCAGAUUCCUGACCAAAAUGUGGCACCCCAACAUUUAUGAGAAUGGAGAUGUAUGUAUUUCAAUUCUUCAUCCACCUGUAGAUGACCCACAAAGUGGAGAGCUGCCAUCUGAGAGGUGGAACCCUACCCAAAAUGUCAGGACUAUCUUACUGAGCGUAAUCUCUCUGCUUAAUGAACCCAACACAUUUUCUCCUGCCAACGUGGAUGCAUCAGUCAUGUUCAGGAAAUGGAGAGACAGUAAAGGAAAGGACAAGGAGUACGCCGAAAUCAUACGGUAA